AUGGAUCAGGAGGCAUUAUUAAGAGAUUUCCCAAAAUUUGUCCAUGUUGUAAAGAUAUUCUUAGAAGAAUUUGAUACUUCUAAAGAUAAGUCCACUGGAAUUAUUUUAGAAAAAUUUCCCUCAAGUCCUGUUGAUAAACCUUUGACAUAUUUUAUUAAUGAAAUUUUAAAAAUUAAAAAAGAUAAAAAAAAAACAAAAAUAAAUUCAAUUUUAAAAUAUUUUAUUUAUGAAUUGGAUAAUUAUAAAAAGAAAAAAAAUUUCUUAUCUUUUUUGAUACCAUCUGAAAACUUAAUUAGUAUUUAUUCAAAGUUUACCUCUACUUCUCUAUCAACAUCUUUUAAUGGAUUUUUUAAUUAUGAAGAUAAUAAAGAUACAUUAAGAAUAAAUCUUGAAAAAGAGAUGUCAUAUCCAGCUGUUGUUGCUGAAAUAUUUAUGACAGCACUUGCUUCACCAGGUUUUACAUGGCAAGCUUCACCUCUUGUUACAGAGAUGGAAUUAUUGAUGGUUGAUUGGGUUGGGCAAGCUAUAGGUAUACCAUCAGUUUUUUUAAAUCAAAAAAACAUUGGUCAUGGUGCUCUUCAUUAUACAGUUGGAGAAGCUGUAGCAUUGUCAAUUAUUUGUGCUAAAACAAGAAAAAUUCAAGAACUUCAUAAGGAGACAAAUGAUAAAGAUAUGAAAAAUAAAAUUAUUGGUGAUUAUGAUGUUGUUGGGAGAACCUCACAAGAUAGAAGUUCAGAUGUUUAUCAAUAUUUUUCAAGACAUGAUCCAAAAUUUAAUCAUAAAUUGAGGGCAUACACUUUUGGUAAAAGUAAACUUGAUAAUAAUAAAUUUGGUGCAAAUUUAGGAUUUUAUGUUAAAAAUAUUCCAAGUAAUGGUAGUACAAGUGAAGAAAAUUUAGAAAAUUUUUGGAAUAUUUUAGAAAAUGAUGAAAAAAAUGGUUUUCAUCCAUUUGUUCUUAUUUUAACAAUUGAAAAAGAUAGACUUAAUGAUCUUUCUUUAUAUUAUAAUAUGAUAUCAUUAUGUAAAAGAGAAGGUUUAUGGAUAACAGUAGAUUUAUCAAAUGUUAUUGGUGAUAUACUUGUUGAACAGUCAAAAUCUUUAACAAAUAUUUUAAAAGAUGUUGAUGGUAUUAUUGCUAAUAUAAGAGAAGUUUUUUUAACAAAUGAAUUGUGUGUUGCUUGUUGGAUAAAAAAUUAUACUGAAGCUGCUAUGACACUUUCAAUUACACCAACAUAUCUUAGACAUUCAAAUCAAGGAAUGGUGGCAGAUUUAAGACAUUUAAGUUUUGGUUUUAGUAAAAGACCCAGAGGUAUACGAUUAUGGAUGAUUAUUAGAACAUUUGGUAUAGAUGGUUUAGCUAAAUACUAUAAAUAUAGAAACAAUAAAAAUCCACCAUGUGAUAUUAUUAAUCCAUUUGACUCAGUUAAAUUUUAUGAAACAUCUUCUGAUGCCUUUCGUUUUAUUGCUCAAUAUUGGAGAGAAUUAAAAAAAGGCUACUCACCAAGUACUUCAUCACCACCAUUAACAAUUUCAAAAAUUUUAUCACAAAAACCUCCUAAAUAUGGGAAAUGCCUUUCAACAGCAAUACCUAUUUAUGAAUCUUUACUUAAAAACACAACACAAUGGUUACAUACAAAUUUUUUAGCAUAUUUUCCAUGUCAUACAAAUUAUUCCUGUGUAUUAGGUGAUUUAUUUGCAGCAACAUUUGGUUAUCGUAGUAAUAUGGAAUUAAAAAAAAUUGAAUGUGAAGUUAUUGAAACUAUUGGAAGGCAAAUGAAUUUACCACAAAAAUUUUGGAAAAUUGAAAAAGAAGAUUAUAGAGAAUGGUUUUAUGGUACGGCAAGUGAAGGUACAUUUAAAAGUGUUUUAGUUGGAAGAGAAAUUGUUAUUGAAAAAUUUAGAAGAUUACAUUUUUUGAUGGCUAAUGAUGAAAUAGAAAAUAUUGAUGAAUUAGAUAAUGUAGAAAAAUGUCUUUUACCAUAUCUUGAUCAAUGGGAUAUUCAUAAUGAUCCAUUUUGUUGUUUUUUGUAUAAUUAUCUUAUUGCUUAUACAUCAUCACAAGCUCAUUCAUCUGUCGAGAAGGGAUACCUUUUAGCUAAUGUUAGAAUAAGAAAAUUUCCCGUUGUUUUUGAUCCACGUAUUGGAAAUUUUACCUUAAAAAAAGGUUGUAUUGAGGAAGCUCUUAUAAUUGAUAGAAAAAAUGGUUUAAUACCAUUUUUUUUAACAUUACCUGUUGGAAGUACUUCUACAUGUGGUAUAGAUUAUCCAGAAGAGUAUGCUCCUUUAGCAAAAAAAGAAAAUAUGUGGGUACAUGCUGAUGCAGCAUAUCUAGGAGGAUUUUUUUUCCUUCCAGAAAUGAAACAUUUAGUCAAAGGAUUUGAAUAUGUUGAUUCUAUAGUUAUUAAUCUUCAUAAAGGUGGUUGUAUAAAUAAUGAUUCAUCAAUGUAUUUUCUUUCAAAUCGUUAUGCUCGUUCAAAAUUACUUAAUAGUUUAGGAACUUUUCCAAGAAUGAAUCGUGCUAUAAAAAUAUGGUUUGUUUUAAAAAGUUUUGGAAUGGAUUCAAUAAUGGAAUUACAAAGACAACAAAUAAAAUGUGCAAAGAUGUUUGAAAGUUUAAUUUCAUCUAAAGAUUGUUUAGAAGUUGUUUCAAAACAAAUUGCAGGACUUGUUACUUUUAGAUUGAAAGGAAGACCAAACAGUGAUAAUGAAAAAUUAUUUCAAUACAUAAAUCAUAUUGAUAGAAGAUUACAUCUUACCGAAACUCAUACAGAAAAUAUUCAUUUAAUUAGAAUAUCAAUUAACAAUCCACAAAUGACUUUUAAAGAAGUUGAAGAAGCAUUUUUGUACCUUUCUGAAUCUUGUGACAAAUUUCUUCUGAAUGAACUAAAUAAUAAUAUUGAUAAUUAA